AUGGCUAAAUUUGUAAUCCCGAGACCAAGAAAAUCGCCAUCGAAAAACAUGAAUCAUUUUUCUAUGACCCCAUUAUUCAAAGAUGGUUGUAGUUCUCUACGUGACUGUGAAGAGUUGAAGAUGAGUGGCUUCAACAGCUGCAGCAUCGAAAAAGACGAUGCGGUACUUAUACAAGAAACAAUCGCCGGUCGGGUGCUACAGAAGAGGUGGGACUAUCAUCAUGGACCUUUUAUUUAG